AUGUCCUGCUUUCCGUCGGGGCAGGUGUUGGCCGCGGAGGCACUCCGGCAGGCCAAGAGGAUUGUACGGCUGGAAAACGAAAACCAACCCCACCGGCCCACCCCACUCACCACUCUCUCUUCUCCACCUUCUUCCCCCGAUCCCCUCCACCUUCCUCCCCCGAUCCACAAGUCCACCUGCCACACCUUCCCCCAACCCCCUCAUGCCGCGACCCCGGCCGGCCAACGGCCUCCGCGCGCCGCGGAUCCCCCGGUGGCCCACCCCCCUCCCCCACCAGAAAAUGCGACCGGCCGCCCUCGCCCCACCACAUCCCGCUCCGCCGCCCGCCAAACGUCCCGCCCCGCCGUGGUGCACCAUCUCACCGCACCUUCGCCCCGCCGCAGCCCACUGUCCCAGCGUUGCUGCACCCCCGCCCCGACCACCUUCCCCGCGAGCGCCGCCCCAGCCACCCCACCUCCAACACGCACAAAACCGGCUGGAUCCGGCCGGCAACCACACUGUAUUUCCCCGACGAGCAACUCCCACAUCCACAUCGCCGCGCUGCCAUGGGAGUGGAGGUUAAUGGAUGGUGCUCAGGGGGCAGAUCCCGCAGUUUUUGCCGUCCGUUGCAGCUCGGUUGUGCGCGUGCAGUCCACCCAUCUCCUCCACUGCAUCCCUAGCAGCGGGGGCCUCACAGUCCACAUCGACAGCAGAUGAAGCUCCAGCCAGCGGGUUUUUUCGAUUUUUUGCCGUGGCCGGCGAGAGAACCGUGCGGCUCGAAGUUCCAUCGGUUGCCCUGCAGUUCCUUCGCUUCCUUCGGCACCGACGCGCGCCAAUAAUGUGUGUUUUCAGUAUAUUUGUAUUGUUCAUGCAGUGCACAUGUGCACCUUCCGUAGUGCGCUAGACUGGUUCGUGCAGUGCAGAACGGACACCUAUUAAAAAUUAGGGGAAACCGUAUGCAUACAACUACUCGUCUAGUGUAGAACACAUGAAUGGAAAAAAGAAAAGAAAAACUUCCCAGCAGUGCAGAACACUCUAUUUUUUCUUUGUAAAAUCUUUCUUUGUAAAAAGCAAUGCGCUCGGUGAACCGAAGAAGUACAUUUUUCAAAAUUAUUGUAGUUCAUUGUUAAAAA